UUCCCCACACACCGGCCCCGCCAUGGACGUGAAGCGGCUGAAGGUGACCGAGCUGCGGGCCGAGCUGGGCCGGCGCGGCCUGGACGCCCGCGGGCUGAAGGUGGAGCUGGCGCAGCGGCUGCAGGAGGCCCUGGACGCCGAGAUGUUGGCGGCGGGGCCCGAGGAAGGCGGCGGCGGCGGCGGCGGGGGAGGCCCGGCCGCGGCCGCCUCGAGCUGCGCAGGGGAAGCGGGGCCGGCGGGAGGCCCGGGCGGGCGGCCCCACGGAGGGGAUGAGGAGGAGGAGGAGGAG